GUCUCAAACCUUCUUGAUUCCAAUGAACGGAGAAUCGCCGCAGUGCAGCACCGAUUUCCACCUCGCUUGAGACUUAAUAUCAAGAAUAAAUACACAAGUGCGAAAGCAAAACAGCCAAAGUUUGCCAAUGGGACAGACGGAACCCGGCGGCCGAAGAGGCUGGGCCAUUUCGGCCGGAAUUCUCUCCACGCUUCAAGCCGGGGGGUACCUGGGACUGGCGAUCUCGGCCCUCGCCCUUUACUACUGCCAAAUCGAGGCGAAAUUCAGCACUAGCGACGUGGGAUUCCUAGUCUACGUCACAUACUUUUACAAUGCCGAGUGCCGCGAGAAAAUCGGCGGGGACGUCAUCUGGCCCGACCAAGAGUUCCCGACGGCCACCCUCACCUGGCAAUGGGCCGUCGCCUUUUGCGCCAUCAACGGCCUCUGGCUCUUCUCCAGCUUGUUUUUGACCAUUGCCGGUGCUGCCCGCGGCAAGAGUGGUUUCUUCAGAGUGGCCAUUCCUGCGCUGUGGCUUAUCUCGACGGCCGCCGUCCUCGUCGCUGACGUCGUCGCCUCAAUCAUGUACGGACUGGACCUUGGAAAAGUUCUGAACGCGAGUGAGAAACCGAUGUUGGCGCUGCUGAGCUUCUUGGAUUCGGGCUCGCAGUUGGCCCAAUUAGCGGCCACCAUUGAAAAGUCCGUUGCCAUCAUCCCCUCGAUUGCCCUUCUGAUCGCAGUGGCACGCGGAGGGAUUUUGUGGGUGCUCAACGCCAUCUUCUUCUUUGGCGUGCUCGUUUCCACGAUCAAAUCAAAAAGAGCAAAUCGGUCGGCGCCAAAAGUGUUGGCUCAGCAACCUCCCGAGCAACCCAAACGUGGAGAUCAAUUUUCGCACCAACAGCCAAGAGGGGUGCACAACCCUGCUUUUGAAAAACACGGAGAGGAAGACGUUUACGCCAUCAGCACCAAACACAGGCGUGCUCGCGACCCUGAAAUCGUGGCGGCCGAGGCGCGCGCCGAGCUGCGGAACCAGCGGCCGUGGUCGUACCUGGACCCUGAACCUGAGGAGCUGGAGCGCGUGAAGCGGCGGCCGCGGACGCCCCCUGCCGAGGAGUGGAGCUUCAGCCCCGACUCGACCCUGAAACUGCCCCGCGCCACCCUGCACCCGCAGCCCUCGGCGCCCCACCCCUCGCACCACGCCUACCACUACCCCUACCCUGACCAGGCGUACGCGAACCGAUACCUGGACACGACCGGACGCCACAACCCGUACCUCAAGUGAUUCUUCCAAAGAAAUUAUUAAUUGUGCCAUUUUUUACAGAAAUAUUUAUACAGGUUUUUUAUUCAAAUUUGUGACUUUUCUGUGCAACAAAUUUUUUAUUUAUUUCUACUAAACUCUCGCAAAACGUCUUAAAUGAGAGAAUUUUAAAUAAAGUUAUGCCACACAUAUCAUAA